AUGAAUGUUACCUUUCCUCUACAAGGCUCUCUUCCCGCCAUCGCCAACCAUGUGACCGACUGGCUUCUAUGGCCGAUUCUUUUGAUAUUCAGGACUCUAACGGACAUCUUCACUUCCUUGUUACAAACUGUUGCAGCGACAGAUAUGUCUCGGAUAGGAGGCAACCUGGUGGAGAUUUCGGCCGUGUCCACCAUCAUAGGCGCCCCCAUAGCGGAAGCGUUGAUUCACGGUCUCAAGGCGGCGUGCGGCAUUGUCUGGGCUCCCAUGAGCUGUUUCGGGCAAAUUCAUGUUAUCAAAGCGUGUCUGUCUGCGUCGGUGCCAGACUCUUUGCGCGAAUCGAUGGGUCUCCGCAAUCAGUUCGUCGAUAAUGCCCUCGGAGUCCUCCUGCCAGUGAACCGGUUCCGACGAGCGCCCAGCCGUAUCGACUUCGGCGACGCGGGUGCCAUCGAGGUCGUUCCGCGCCGGCACUGGAUCGGUCGAUGGGCCCUGACAUGGAUAGGACGUACAAAUGGCUGGCCGAACCUUGCGCCUCUCGUCUCCCUGCAGCAGUGGAAGAGGCGGUCUGGCAUCAUGACAGCGCACGAGGCCACGCAAAUGGAUGCAAUUACUCGGAUCAAGGCGUCGGAGUCGCAUGAUGACGUCUACACAGCGCAUGCGAUUUACACAUUGGACAAAAAUGCUCAACUGGCGCUGGACACGGUGCCCGCGGCGGAGAGGGGGUCACCAAUUGACAUAUACCGUUUCAUUCCGGACCAAGGAGGACUUCCAUCGCCCUGGAGGGAUUGGUUAUGGCUUUUUCUUUCGCUGGUCAAGCUGAUAGAGGUUUUCACGCUUCGGAAAGUGGGUAGUCAAGGAGUCUGGGCGUGGACGAUGGCAGGCUGGGCUCAUGCAUUUGUUGCUGCUGUCCUCCUGCAGGUGACCGGUCUGGGCCGCGACAGUCCUUUCAAGCGGACAAGACACCUGGUGGCGGGUAUCCUACCGUCGCCGCUUCGUAUGGGCGAGCAAGGAAAGAUUGUCUUGGGGAUCCCUGCCAACAUACGGCGUCAUACGCUGUGGCGAAUCGUGCUGGCAGUGGGGAUUGCCGUCAACCUGGCGGGUUUGCUGGGUACAUUUAUUCGACUGGACGGUGAGCCGACCGAAGCGCUGUACUUCUGGAUCGGAUUCCAGAUUUUAUGGCUCGUUAUGCGGACCAUUGUCUACUAUUUUGCCGCAGGAGGAACAGCCAUCCAGCAAGGAAUCAUGUCGUGUCGCCGGUGGAAUGAGGCGCCACCAGAAGACCGGCAGCAGGUCUCGUUGCUUCUCAAUGAGCUGGCAAGCCAUCAAGCCUCGACUCAUCCACGGGGAUUCCAUGCGUACCUGUUCGACUGCAUGUCCUUUGAGCAGCUUCGCCAACUCUUUGUUCGAGUGGACUGGACAUUGAGUCCAAAGCUUCCUCCGUUUCCAGCUGAGAUACGGCUGGAUAGAAUCACCGUUCAUGCUGUUACUGGUGAUCCCAUGAUCCGGAGUGCCGUCUGGCUACAGGGGGUGGCUCUGGAUAAUUCUGAGCUGUACGACUCCUGCAUUACGUUCGUCGAUCUUUCAUCCGGAGCCAAGCAGGGGUACUUGAUGGCUGUUCCCUGUGUGCGAGUGUUUUCCUGUCACUGCGGGAGUAAAGAAGGCCACGACCGUGGGAACAGUCACCCCGAUUGCGGCAACAUUGAGUGGUGGCAUUUCUUCCCAGUCGAUAUACAGAACCGUGCCGGUGGUCGUUGGCUAGUUGCGCAUGGCAAGAAAGGGGUUGGAUCACUGGAGGCAGAGAUUCUGGAUGAAGACGAGCUCGAUCGGAGACUCUUUAUAGGCUGGUGGAAGAUUAGCAUCACGGGGAUCAGAGGCUUACGAAAGACAUGGGAAGUCUCGGUGCAGGCUGCAGAGAUCACAUUGUCUUUUACACGGGGGAUCACAGAAUGA